GCCUGGAGUUGGAAACCCCUGAUUUAGACCAACUCUGAACUUAUUAAGGCUCAUCUUUCUAAUCUUCUAUUGUCCAAUUCCGAUGAGUCAGUGUGAGCUGUAGCCUUAGUUUCCUGUUUUUAGCUGACAGGAGUGCUUCCUGGUGUGGUCUUCUGCUUUCUGCUUUAAGAUUUGGCGUGCUAUGCGUUGAGAGAUGCUCUUCUGUGUGGUUGUAAUUAGUAGUCAUGAGUUGCUUUUGCCUUCCUGUUAACUCAAAGCAGUCUGGCCAUUGUUCUCUGACCCUUAGCAUCAACAAGGCAUUUUCACAUAGAGAACUGCUGCUUACUGGAUAUUUUCUCUCUGUUUUUGGACUGUUUUUUGUUACAGAUGGUUGCGUGUGAACAUCUAAGCAGAACCCGGGCAUGUGGCAUAAAAAGCCACUGACAUGCAUGCUGGCAUGUGGUUGGACAAUUAGAUAUGUAUGUUAAUGAGCAGUUAAACAGGUGGACCUAAUAAGGUGGUCAUGAUUGCAUACGCAGAUUUUAAAAUUGAAAGUCUUGCUUAUUUCAGCAAGAAAAUGCCAAACCACGUUCGUUGGGUACUGCAGCAGAUAAAAUCGAGAAUCGAGAGAUUAAACGCUCUGUUCAGACCUGUUAUGCAUUAUAACUGUUCUGCACAUCAUGAAGGAACAAAUAUGACAGAGGAGGCCUCAAAUAUCAGCAGCGAUACAGCAGCAUAUCCCUGGAGCAAAAAUGAAAUGUUCCUUUUCCGGGCAGCUCUGGCUUUUGCCAUGAGGGAUUACACUAACGGAGAAGAAUUUGGGGUUUCAGACAUCCAUCCAUGUGACGAGACUAAGAGAGUGUCCUUCUGGUUUGUGGUGACGAGGCCGAACACCACAGAUCUUGUUGAUAAAGGAACUGUGGAGAUGGCUAUAAAGAAGUCGAGAAAUCGCAUCAACGGUGCUUUUCUGCUAACAGAUCAAACUCUGGAGUUCGAUGGCAUCUAUCCCACUCUGGCAGCACCGGUCUCCCCUGACACCCCUCCGUGGCUCAUUGUCUUCGGGGUGGUCAUGGGUGCAGUUAGCGUCGGCAUCAUCGCCCUGCUUGCGUAUCCUCUGGUCCAACGAAAACUGAAGAAAAACAAGGAUGCAGAUGACGAGGACAGCGACGAAGAGACGGGGGUGAAAACGGCCGAAAUCGGUGCAAAUGAUGGUAUUUAUAACUCGACGUUCUCGGACGAUGAGCGAUUCACGCAGAUGUAAAGGGCUCUCAUAAAAAACUCACUGCAACAGUGUGAAAAAUAAUGUGAUUUUCUUUAAAGUUUCUAAUUUAAUUCAUUUCAGUUUUGACAUGUGAAUUUGCUGGGUCUUUCAAUGCAAUAAUCACAAGCUGCCUUAAAAAAAUCCAGUGUUUCACACUAUUUAACUGCCGUUUUACACAUAAAUGUAUUUUUUCCCCUCAACCAAAGUGUCGAAGGAUGAUUUUUCAAAGAUCUCUGUAUGACAGGGUGUGUUAAAAUAUUUUGCCAAAGUGUGGUCUAUAUAUUAACCAUUUACAACCAGUCAAAUGGUCUCAUUUAUGAAGAAGGCUCAUCCCUAUAUUUGUACCUUUGAAGGAAUUUAAUAAAAUACUCUGUUAAAACA